UUGGUACAUCUGGUCAAGUACGACCACCUCGAGCAGGAACCGAACGCCCCGCAGGAACAGGAACCGGACUCGGGCAAAGAGGGGGAAGAAAGCGGAACGGAAAGCUCAACCAGUCGCUAGUAAUCAACGGUCAGAGAAUGGCGUCUUCAUCGUCCACUAAAACCGAUCUGAAUCAGAUUUCGUACCUGCUGAUCACCGGCGCCUCGCGAGGAAUUGGCCAACGCAUUGCAAUCGAAACAGCGCGAAAGGUCAAACCCGGAUCCAUUGUAGUUCUACUGGCACGGUCUGCUUCCGGGCUGGAAUCGACCAAGGCGGCAAUCCUGGAAGUCAAUUCCCGGAUCACUGUGGUCACAAGUUCGGUGGAUCUGACCAACGCACCCAAACAACUACUGGAAGAAAUCAUCGAUAAAUCCUUGGCGAAGACACCGACCGGAAACUUUGGCCUGGCAGCGGUCGUUCACAAUGUCGGUACGAUUGGCAACGUGGAGCGUAAGGCAAUCGACAUGAAUGAUCGCCAGGAAUGGGAAGAGUACUUUGCUACGAACUUGUUCACGGUCGGUGUCCUGAACAGCUGCUUUCUGCUCAAGUUUAAGGACUGUGCCAAAAAGUUGGUGGUGAAUAUUACGUCGAAGGCGUGUUUGCUUCCGUUCAACAGCAUGGGAUUCUACUGUGCUGGAAAGGCUGCUCGCGAGAUGUAUUUCCGAGUGUUGGCUGCCGAGGAACCUGACCUGGUCGUCCUGAACUACUCUCCCGGUCCGGUUGACACGGAUAUGACCGUUGACAUCCAAGAUCGGUCCAACGACGAAGGCAUUCGCAACUACUUUAAGGGUCUUCGCGAUGAUAGCACCAUGCUCACCACUCAACAAACCACGGAAAAGUUUCUGAGCGUUUUAGAAGCCGGCCAAUUCAAAUCGGGAGACCAUGUUGAUUACUACGAUUGAACGAUCAAAUCAUUCCACUUGCAUAUUGUUAUUUCAUAUUUUACAUGUUGUGGUUUAUAAAGCUAUCCUUAUACUCAAUAUUGAUGUUACGAAUAAGAUGCGCAUAAUUAGCUAGAAGCAAAUAAUUUUGAUGUUUCUAUUGUACGUCGUUUUUUAGAUUGCCAUUCUACAAAUAUAAAGUGUCACUUGUCUUUUAUUUCUUUUGGUGUUACGUACAUCAUUUUGUUAUUUUAUUUGUUCGGUAAUAUUUGAAAGCACUCAAAAGAAUAUUUUUCCCUAAAAUUUAAAAGAAUUAUCACUUUUUUUCAGAAAUUAUAACAUCUUUCAAAAUUAAGCAUGUCCGGUAAAUUACACAUUUUUAAUAGACGUAAAAAACUGAAAAAUGGCGUAUAAUAGUACUGGCUUAAAGACAUUUCUCAUUGAUAUUACUUAAUAAAUGCAAAAGAAAACAGCAGAUAACUUCGAGUUUUCUUUCCAUCUA